AUGCAGGUCUUCAAGGACACAAACAAGGGCAGUUUCCCGGCGGGCGUCCAGGCGGGGUCAUGGCCAGCCCCUCAGCCCCCGCCCCCUGAGCUAAGAUCCCCGCCAGCCCCGCCGUCAGGAGGAACACACGCCGUCCCUCCGCCAGCUGCCCCGCCCGAGCCGCCAUCGUUCGACACCCGUGCCUCCGGGAACGUGACGGCGCUGUUGGGCGGGACGGCGACGCUGAGGUGCCUCGUCACGAACCUCGGGAACAAGACGGUGUCGUGGAUCCGCCACCGGGACCUGCACCUGCUGUCCGUGGGCCGCUUCACCUACACGUCUGACCAGCGGUUCGUGGCCCGUCACGCCCCCGCCGCCGCCGCCGCCACCCCCGCCCAGGAGUGGCUGCUGAUCAUCCACCACCUGCAGGAGCGGGACGCCGGCCUCUACGAGUGCCAGAUAUCCAGCACGCCGCCGCGCAGCCACCUCAUCCACCUUGCCGUCGUGGAGCCCGAGACCGCCAUCGUGGGGGGCCCGGACGUGUACCUCAACACCGGGAGUCAGCUGGCGCUCACCUGCACCGUCAGGUUCAGCCCCGAGCCGCCCGCCUUCAUCCUCUGGUACCACGGCGACAAGCUGGUGAGCUACGAGAGAACAAGAGGCGGGGGCAGAGGAGGAGGAGGCACCAGCAGCACCAGCACCAGCAGUAGUAGCAGCAGCAGUAGUAGUGGCAGCAGAAGCAGUAGAAGCAGAAUCAAUAGUAACAACAGCAACAGUAGUAGUAGUAGUAAAAGUAGCAAUACCACCACGAGCACAAAUAGCAGUAGUAGUAGUAGUAGUAGUAGUAGCGGCGUCACCUCCUCCCGCCUGUUGGUCCAGUCGGCGCGGCUCUCCCACUCCGGCGUGUACACCUGCGACCCGGCAAACGCCCGGCCCAGGAGCGUGAACGUGCACGUGCUGGCCGGUGACCAGCCAGCAGCCAUCGUUCACGACAACGGAGGAAGAAGUCUUCUUCCUCCUCCUCACCUCCUCCUCUUCCUUCUCCCCCUCCUUCCAUUUCUCCUUCCCUCCCUCUCGUCCAAUCUCCUCUUCCUCCUCCAAACCCACUGAUGUCCACUUUCAAUUUUCCUUUAACUUAGUUGUUCUCCUCUUCCUCCUCCUGCUAAACUCCUUACACUUUUUUCAAUCAUUUCUUCUUUUCUUCCUCUUCCUACUCCUCCUCCUCCUCCUCCUCCUCAUCCCUCUACCCUCAUCCUUCACUCCCUUAUUUCCUCAUUCACUCCCCUCUCCUCCUUUUCCCCUUACUCCCUAACUCUUUCUCCUUCUCUGUCCUCACUUCUAUUCGUCAUAUCCUCUGUUUCACGUCUUCAACCCUUCUCGCCUCUCUUUCCCUCACUCCUUCAUCCCUUCCCCCUCCCCUUCUCUACUUCAUCCCCCUUCU